AUGCCUCCGUUGAAAACGGUGGACGGCAUCAUCGAACCGACAAAUAAGAAGGUCCAGGCCUUGCGCGAGGCCUUCUUUCCCACACCUCUAGAAGCUGAUCUCUCAGACAUUGAGAGCACUCGGAGCCAACCUCAGAAACCGCAUAUUACCUUCCCACCUAUCACGGAGCAAGAACUCACCGAUGCAAUACGCCGAGCGCCUCCGAAUAAGGCUCCGGAGCCGACGGCAUUCCCAAUGAUUAAUGUCUGCAUUCUAGCUGUCUCAAACAGCUACGAAGAAAACGUAUGGCUCAUUGAAAAGGCUCUCGAGAGAGCUAACCAGUGGGCCAAACGUCAGGCAGCAAGUUUUGCACCUAACAAGUUCGAACUAAUCCACUACAGCAACCCACGCGCCGCCAUCGAGCCUACGCCCUAA